GUUAUCGAUACACGUGGCUAGCCACUCCCAUCAAAAUUAGCAUUUAUAUACGCGAUCCCCUGCCAAUAGCAUACAGAAGCGGCUGGAUGAACAGUAUGCGCUUCAAAAAGUUUUACGCAACUGUUUCAGAAUUGGCAAGAAAUUAUUCCCAUCAAAAUGCGUUUCAUCUGCUUCAUCGUCUUCCUCAUCCAACUGAGUUACACUCAAACCAUCGUUUCAAACCUUUAGCUCAGUUUGAAAUUGAUGACUUCAUAAAAUUUGAGGAGCCGCAAACAGAACCGUUGGAUUUGUCAAUGUCAAGAACAUAUAUGGGAAUUCAUAAAUUUGUGGAGCUGCAGACA